AUGGCCCAGGUGGUGCCCGGGGGGCCCCCAGCUGCAGUGCAGUCCACCAUGCUGGCCACCCUGGGGCUGCUGCUCAGCGUUGCUCUCUCCACGUGGGGGUCGUAUGUUUCCAUCAGCUGCCCCACGCAUGGUCACUGCCGACGGGCACUACUCUCUGGAAAUGACAUCAUCCUACGCUGUAACAAGGCCCCGGCAAGCUGGUACUACCAGCAAGAGGAGUCGAGUCAGCCUCUUGCCCUCUCUAGUGUCUCCAACAUACUAGUAAUGGAGGGCAGCAUUCUCAUUAAAAGUCCACUGCCCUCCCAGACGGGCCUCUACAGCUGCCUGGACAGCACGGGCCACCAAGUGUCGCAAUAUGAGAUAGACUUUCAGGACGUCACCGCCUUGCAUGUCACGCACAAAGACCUGGACCAGGAGCCCCUGCAGAAGGAGACGCUGAGCCUGGACGGCAGGGUGCUCAUCUUCACCCGCUGGGAGCCCUGGCAGGCCUGUAACCACUGCGAGGCGCCCGGCGAGCGCAAACGCCUGGGCUACUGCCACGUCCAGGAGCCCCUGGAGGAGCCGGUGCCCUGCAGCCUCUACCUGGGGAAGAUAAAGCCCUGGUCCAGCCGCAUCCGGCCAGAGCUACAAAUAGAAACCUGCUUCGAAGCCUGCAACAUGUCCCGAAGAGCCAGCGCCGAGUUCACCCUCUUUGACAGCUUCACUCUCAACGCAGAAUCGGACUCCGUGUGGCUCACCUGCCCCCUAGGAUCUAUCUACAGGCCGCUCAUCUGGGAAGCCAACAACACGCCCUUGACCUGGCAGAGCCAGCUGUCCGGCCAGGGCCUGGGCUCAGUCCUGGACAUCGCCAGUGGCGGCCGGCGCCUGCGCAUCUUCCAGCCGGCCAUCUACACGUGCUUUGUGCAACAAGAGUUCGUGGCGAGAUUCAACCCCGUGGAUGACCCAGGGGUGCUGGACCGCUGGGGGAGAAGGGGUGCCCGAGGGCACAAUGCAGGGAAGGCCCCGUGGGCGGAGGCAGACCCCAUCUUUAAGGGGCUGAAGCUUGUUCUGCUGGUGGGCACCGUCCUGGUCCUGGCCGGGGCGCUGUUCAAGUUCAUCCGCCGUUCCCUGAACAGGAGGUUCCCUCAGGUGUUGCUGGUGAAAUAA